AUGUUGUUUACUUUAUCCACAAACACGGAAUUUCAAGACCAUGAUUUAUUAAUAGAAUUUUCAACAAUUCCGCAUCCAAAAUUCGAUAAAAAGGAUGGCACGCCAAUUUUCAAUAAAACGCAACUUGAAGAGUAUAACAGAUACUCCGUUUUAGCUCUAUCUAUACAACAAAAAACAAAUGAAAAACACGAUGAAAACAUCGACAACAAACCAAACAAUGCCAAAGAGAAGAAAAUUGAUUCAAUUAAUGACCCAACAGAUCCUUUCAAAUUUAAGACCGAAGGUCUUGUUGACCAAAAAGAAGAAUCCCGCGAGCGCAAAAAUGCGCUUCAAAAAUGUGUUUUAUGCAACAAAUUUACAUCAAAUCAGACUGAAAUUGAUUUACAAAAGAUGACCGACUUGCCUGAGAUCUGCAACAACCGGAUCGAUGUUGUGUGGACUUGGGUGAAUGGGACGGACCCUCUUUGGCUCUCACAUUUAAAGCAAUACGUCACAAAAUUCGACGCAAAUCGGUAUCGAAAUACAGACACUUUAGUCUACUCAAUACGAAGUGUAUAUAAGUACUUGCCGUAUGUUAAAAAUUACUUUAUAGUGACCGACGACCAAGUUCCCUCUUUUUUAGACGCUCCAUAUAACAUGACGAGUUUUAUAGUAAUGAAGAAUAACAUCACUUUAGAAAUCGUCCCCCACUCACAAAUUAUAGAGAAGAAGUACUUGCCUGUAUUUAAUAGUGAAGCUAUUGAAACUAAUUUACAUAAAAUUAAAAACCUCGGGGAGUGCUUCAUUUAUCUCAACGACGACGUCUUCUUUAAUAAACCAACACCACCAGACUACUUGUCAAAGACGGAAUGA